GUCUCCGAUAGUACGUCACUUCCGUUGGAUAAAAAAAAGCACGUGUGUUGACUGGGGCUUUGGUGAGAAUUUCCACAUUAGCUACUUUAUGAAUUGUUAAACUAACUAGCUAGAUUAAUAGUACAUUUCUAACAGAUCUGUAUAAUAAACUAGCACAGAUGCCGAAAGUGAAGAAACCCAAAUGUGGAGGUGGGGAGAAAAGUGGCGACGGAAUGGUUGCGCUUGCUGACCAGAUUCUUCAAGGGGAUAUGGUUCGAGUACAUGGCCGAGUGAAGACCAGGGAUCAACGGGGAGAAGAUGAAGAUGAGAACGAGUACGUGGAUGAACGCCUAUCAAGGAAGAUUCUGGAGCAGGCACGAAUCCAACAAGAAGAACUACAGACAGAAUAUGGUUUGGCACCAGAGGUCAAGAAAAAGCAAGCCACUGUUUUAGGGCCAGAUUCUCAGGAUGCAGACUCUGAUGAGGAGUGGCCGGCACUGGGUGAAGCCGGGGCCGGUGAGGAGGCAGAGGCAAACUGUGGGACAGAAGUGGUGGUGGACCCAGAGGAUGAGAAAGCUAUGCAGAUGUUCAUGAACAAGAAUCCUCCCAUGAGACGAACUCUAGCAGACAUCAUCAUGGAGAAGAUCACAGAGAAGCAGACAGAGGUGGGGACAGUGAUGUCUGAGGUGUCAGGAAGACCCAUGCCCCAGCUGGACCCAAGGAUCAUUGAAGUGUACAAAGGUGUCAACAAGGUUCUGUCAAGAUAUCGUAGCGGCAAGCUGCCCAAAGCUUUCAAGAUCAUUCCAGCACUGUCAAACUGGGAGCAGGUUCUGUACUUGACAGAGCCUGAGACCUGGACUGCUGCUGCUAUGUACCAGGCAACAAGAAUCUUCUCAUCCAAUCUGAAGGAGCGAAUGGCCCAACGGUUCUACAACUUGGUGCUACUGCCAAGAAUACGAGAUGACAUUGCAGAGUAUAAAAAACUAAACUUCCACCUGUACAUGGCCCUGAAGAAGGCUCUUUUCAAGCCAGGGGCAUGGUUCAAAGGCAUCCUCAUCCCGCUCUGUGAAUCUGGAACAUGUACUCUGAGGGAGGCUAUCAUCAUUGGCAGCAUACUCACUAAGUGCUCAAUCCCUGUACUGCACUCCAGCGCUGCCAUGCUGAAACUGGCAGAGAUGGAAUACAAUGGAGCCAACAGCAUCUUCCUGCGACUCUUACUGGAUAAAAAAUACGCCCUGCCCUUCCGUGUCCUGGAUGCCCUGGUCGGCCACUUCCUGUCCUUCCGCAGUGAGAAGCGUGUCCUUCCUGUGCUGUGGCACCAGAGUCUGCUUACCCUGGCACAGCGCUACAAGGCCGACUUGGCAUCCGAACAAAAGGCUGCUCUACUGGAGCUACUUAAGGUGCAGACACACCCCCAGAUUUCUGCAGAGAUCCGCCGGGAGCUGCAGAACUCAGAGUCCCGUGAUCUGGAAACCGCUAUGCCUGUCACAAUGGCCAUGGACUGAGUAUGGAGCUGAGCAAGGCUGCACCCUCUCAGUCCCCACCUUUCCCCUCUUUCUCCCCAAUUCACUAAACUGCCCACAACACAUACACGUAUGAACUGUUUUCCCCCUGCCAAAUGC